AUGGUAGCAAAAUAUAAGAGUAUAGCUGUGCAAAUUUUACUUGAUGUAUUUGAUAUUGAAGGGGUGGUUCAUUAUGGGACAGCUGGAAGCUCUAAUGAUUCAUUGUCCCUUGGUGAUGUUAGUGUAAUGAAAUAUGUUGCCUUCACAAGUCCUUGGAAAUGGAAGGUAUCCAUUAACAAAGAGGAUAACGAAUAUAAGUCCUCCUUUAAAGCUGAUAUAUACCUUGAUAAUGCAGCAUAUAGGGAAUUUCUUUUCAAAGAGUUGAAUGUCUCAAUUGUUGAUGAAGAGAGUGCUUCCACUGUGAUGACAUGUCUAUCAAAUGGGUUGCCCUAUAUUGUGUUUCGUCGGAAUUUCAGAUUUGGCUGGUGGGGAAGAAAAGCUAUUGUCCCUAGCCUCAGUUCACCAGUUUCUAUCAAUGCUUUGAGUGUUGCAGUUGAAUUUAUUGCAUUACUUGAUAAGGAAAACACAAUUCAUGACCACCAAAAAGGGGUAUCUUUUUCAGCAUUUUGA